AUGCCUGGCGAAGCUUCGAAUAACAAUUUCAAUGUUUCUCUACAAGCUCACGUGUAUGAGGGAUAUGUUGAAAUUAAGAAUGUCGACGGAACGGUCGACGUAACUCCAGACAAAUAUUCUUGGUAUAAAGGUGACGUAGUACUUGAAUAUGUUGACCAUCGAUCGCAGCCUAUUUGCUCGGGCAAAAGAAUCUGCUUAAAACAAAAUAGGGCGUCCCUCUGGGACGACAUGUUGAGAAUGAACCAGGGGGAAGGAGGUACCUGGAAACAAGAAGAUGCGAUCAAAACGGAGUCUAAAUUGUUGUUAGCCUUGUACCCUGUAGUAGAUUUGGAUCCAAAUUCGACAUUACAGUGCAUGAAAAGAUAUGAUCCCGCGGAUGGACCGGUGGAAGAAGUUCAUCGUGAGCUUAAAACGAAGAAGCGAAAGUUAAAUUCGUACGAGCUCGAGCAAGAGGCGGCUAAAAAGGCCAGAAAAGAACAGAUGAUGUUUAUGUUGGACGAGCGGCACGGAAAAGAGUUUAAGCCCACAUUUAAGCUUCUUUCUUACUUCAAGAGGAAUGGGGUAACUAACGUAACUUCCUCUAUUGGUAAAGUUGAAAUGGCUGAAUCAGGCCGAGGGUCGUCUAAAAAGUCCGGUCAACUAUUCGUUCGAAAGCUAAGGUUUGAACGGAACUUUACUGAUGAGAACGAUGGUAAACAAUAUAAGAUUUAUACAUUACUUAACAUAUACCAAGAUGUAAAUGGAAGGCAUGAGGCAAUUUGUCACUCUCUAAGUGAGAAAUAUCUUCAAGCUAAGGGAUUUAAUACAGUUGAUGACAAUGUAUGUAAUUUGGAAUUAGAUGACAAUAGAGCUACAUUUAGAACCGAGCUAGGGGAUGCUGCGGCUUACGAGGCUUUUUUAAAAGCAUUCGUCGUUCUAUAUUCGAUCGACAAUUGUUUGAAAUACGACUCUGAAGGUGUCGAUAAAGUUCCGGUCGAAAUGUUGACUGAAGUUACAACCGAAUUGACAAAUAAGCAAAUGGAGAUGAAAUUUGAUAAUAUGCAACCCUACGAAAUCCUCGAAUUUUUAACUCGUCAAUCAGAUGGUGAGAAUAUAACGAGCUCUAUAGAAGAAGCAAAGAGCUUAUCCGUUUCCGACCUUUACAAUUCUGCAGCAAAAAAAAAGGCUAUGCAAGAAAAGCCAUCAGCAAGUUCAUCAGUGAAUCAAGAUCCAAAACCACCGACAAGACGAAACUCCAAAAAUGGUAAAAUUAGUACGAAAACUCAAGCUCAAGAUCCAGCUUCUGUACAGAGUCAAAAUGUUGUUAAUCCACAGAUGGCUUCACAAAUGAAUCAAAAACUUCAGAUACAACAUCAUCAGACUAUGACAUCAUCGCAGCCUAUGGACCAACAACCGACACAUAGUCCUGUUAUCCAACACAAUAUUCCGGUUAAAGUGCCACAGACGACAUCCAAUGGAACUCAUCCAGUUCUUCAACAAAUUCCCAUUUCGACGAUUGCACCACAAAAUACUAUAAUACAAGUUCCCAUCCAACUUCCAAACAAUCAAAAUGGAUUGAAUUUUUUACAGAGACCAAAUCUUAUGGGUGGACGACCCAACACUCAAGGACUUUCUAACGUCCGAAUAGUUACUCAACAAGGAAUAAAUGCCACUCAAGUAAAUUCUAUUGCAAAUCAGCAAGGAGAAUUAACUCAAAAUGCGAUUGUAUCAAUGCCUAAUAUUAGGCAAGGUGUUGGGAGAAGAACAACACAAGAUCAGACACAAAUUAUUCCAAUGCGAAUGAGUAAUAUCCCGACGCAGCAAAUGAAUAAUAUCUCGACGCAGCAAAUGCAUACACAGCAAAUGAGUAUCUCGGCGCAGCAAAUGAAUAAUAUUCCGACGCAAAUGAUUCCGAAUAUUCCGACGCAGCAAAUAAAUAUUCCAACGCAACCGAUUACACAAGUGCACAUUCCAACUCAAACAAGUUCUUCUCAGAUGAGUCAAAUACCGAUGGCUUCACAGAUCAAUAUUCCAAAUGAUCAUUUAAAUAGAACAUCGCCUCUAAAUAUACAAAGUAAAAUGAAUCAAACUCACAUUCCCACACAAGUAUCUGAUCAAAUCAUAAAUCCCGUACGGGUUACUCAGAUGAGUCAAGCGCAGUCGAAAUCUCAAAUCAACAUUUCCGCACAAGUGGACGAUCAGGUCAACAUUUCGGCGGUAUCACCACACAUUAAUCCUGCACGAGGCCUGCAGGUCAAUACCACUGAUCAGAUGAUUCAUCAGAUGAAUCAGAAUUCUCAAAUGAACCUUCAGAUACAAUCGAAUGACCAGAAUGUUUCUGCACAAGGAACAACUCGACUAAAUCCACAGCGGGCAUUCCAACAGAUUCAACUCGCUCCACAAAAUACAAAUCCGCCUCACCAAUUCCUGUUUAGUUCUCAAAUUGCACAACGUACUCAUGGCAGAAUUAUAAAUCAAGGAAUGAUAAACAUGCAAGGGAUGAUGCAACAACCAUUUAUACAAACGGGGCAAUUGUUACCAAAUGCAUACGUGAUACCAAAUCCAGGAGUUCCUCCUCAUAUGUUACAAAGACGAAUGCGGUCACAAAUGUUCUUACCACGGCAAAUGACAAAUAUGUCGACGCAAAUGAUUCCACAGCAACAACAAAUGGCCAUGAAUCAACAUUUAGGACCAUGGUUCUUCCAAAAUCAACCACCACAAAACCCUCAAAACCCAUGGGGUGGCAACAAUGCUG